AUGCGGGAAACAAGGGACACCGCGAUUGACGAGGCGGCAAGGGCGAAGGCAGACCUGCGGGAGCUGGCAGCAGCGCACGAGUCAUUGGUGACGUCAUCGCGCGACGCGCGCCUGGCGGCCGACGUGCGGCUGGCCGAGCUGGUGGGGGAGGCCAAGCUGAGGGCGUACGAGAUGACGCGGGUGCAGGCGCUAUGUGAUGAGCGGGGUGUGGCGUUGCGUGAAGCGCGGGACCAGGCUGAGCUUCUGGAGGACAAGGUUCGCGCGCUCACCUCCGCCGCGCUGGCCCUUGAGGCGGACCGCGACCGCGCCACCGCGGAGCUGCGCGCCCAACUGGACGCCGCCGUGGGCCAGCUGGCACAGUACGAGGCCGCAGAGAUGGGCCUCGCGGGGGCGGCCCUGGUGGGGCCGACACACAGCCUCCACGCGCCCGACGGCGGCGGCGGCGCCGCGGGCUCGGAGCUGCAGCAGGCGCCAGCUGGCGGCGGGGGCGGGGGCGUGGGCGCGGAGGGCGGGAAAGGGUCGCGGCCGCUGCGCGCGCUGGGGCUGACGGCGCUGUCGGCACGCUGCACGGCGCUCGAGGCGGAGAAGGGGGAGCUACGGCGCGGCUGGCGGGAAGCUGAGGGGAAGCUGGCGCGGGCGGAGGGGGAGCUCGCGAACGCGCGGCAGCGGCUGGCGGCGGCGGCGGGGCCGACGAAGUUUGUGUUGGAGCGGAUGGAGGAGGCGCAGGCACGGGCGACAGAAGCGGAGGCCCGGGCGGCAGCGCUGCAGGCAGCCCUGGAGGCGCGUGAGGGGGCGCACAGGGCGGCGCUGGAGGAGCGGUCCGCGCUGCGGUCUGACCUGUCGAGGCUGCUGCGGGAGAGGGGGGCGCUGGACUCGCUGCGCGCGCUGGUGGCCGGGGCGCUCGGGAAGGCGGCGGCGGGCGGGGGCGGCGAGGGCUGA